AUGGUGUUCGAGUCAUUGGUCGUGGACGUGUUGAACCGGUUCUUGGGGGACUAUGUGGUGAACCUGGACACGUCGCAGCUUUCUCUGGGCAUUUGGGGAGGUGCUGUGUCCCUCAAGAAUCUUAAAAUUAAAGAAAAUGCCCUGUAUCAACUGGAUGUACCAUUUAAAGUAAAAGCUGGUCACAUAGGUCAUCUUAGUCUUGUAAUUCCAUGGAAAAACCUUUAUACUCAACCAGUUGAAGCUGUAUUGGAAGAAAUUUAUUUACUCAUAGUGCCUUCUGCUAUAAUAAAAUAUGAUCCUAUAAAAGAAGAAAAACAAAUUUUGGAAGCAAAACAACAGGAACUAAAAAGAAUAGAAGAAGCAAAACAAAAAGUAGCUGAUCAAGAACAACCUAAGGAGGAGAAACAGGACACUUUUGUAGAAAAAUUAGUUACUCAGAUCAUAAAAAAUCUUCAAGUGAAAAUUUCCAGCAUCCAUAUUCGCUAUGAGGAUGAUAUCACAAAUCGAGACAACCCACUAUCAUUUGGUAUUUCCCUUCAAAAUUUCAGCUUGCAGACAACUGAUCAAGACUGGGUCCCAUGUUUACAUAAUGAAACUGAGAAAUUAUUUCGUAAGUUAGUCCGGUUGGAUAAUCUUUUUGCCUAUUGGAAUGUGCAGUCUCAGAUGUUUUAUCAUAAUGAUUAUGAUGAAUCACUGAAUAGUUUGAAGAAUGGCAUUGUCAAUAAAAAUAUCGUUCCAGAAGAUUACAAUUUUGUAUUCCGCCCCAUAUCUGCUAAUGCCAAACUUCAGAUGAAUCGCCGAUCAGAUUUUGACUUUUCUGACCCCAAAAUAAAUCUGGAAGUUGAGUUACAUGACAUAGCCAUUGAAUUUAAUAAACCACAGUAUUUCAGUCUUAUGGAGCUUCUUGAAUCAGUUGAUAUGAUGACGCAAAAUCUGCCAUAUAGGAAAUUCAAACCUGAUGUACCUCUUCACUACCAUGCCAGGGAAUGGUGGUCUUAUGCUAUAAAUGGUGUUCUUGAAGUAAAAGUUCGUCCCAGCUUACGGAUGUGGUCAUGGAAGCAUAUUAGUGAUCAUAGACAAAAAGUGAAGCAGUAUAAAGAACUGUAUAAAAAAAAGUUAACAGCUAAGAAGAUACCUGGUGACAUUCUUAUUUCUCUGGAGGAAUUGGAAAAGAUUCUGGAUAUAUUUAAUCUAACUUUAACAAGACAGCAGGCAGAAGUUGAGGUAAAGAAAGCUGGAUACAAGAUUUACAAAGAAGGGGCAACAGAUGCAGCAAAUCGUACAGGAUGGUUAGACUGGCUGUGGGGUUGGACGGAAACAAGUAUUAGUGAACAACCAGAUGUUAAACCUGGAACUCUUGAAGAAAUGUUGACACCUGAAGAAAAAGCUAAACUCUAUGAAGCAAUUGGUUAUAGUGAAACAGCAGUUGAUCCAACUUUGCCCAAAACAUUUGAAGCCAUGAAGUUUUUUGUUCACUUGAAAAGUAUGUCUGUUGUUCUAAGAGAAAGUCAUGAAAAACCUGAGCUAUUAGAGAUUUUAAUUGAAGAAUUUAGUACUUUAAUUAUACAAAGACCAGGAGCACAAGCAAUAAAAUUUGAAACCAAAAUAGACUCAUUUCAUGUUACUGGGUUACCAGACAAUUUAACAAAACCUCGCCUCUUGUCUUCAUUGGAUGAUGCUACCUCACUUUUCAAAAUUAUAUUUGAGAUAAAUCCAUUAGAUGAAACUGUUGCUCAAAGGUGCAUCAUAGAAGCUGAACCCUUAGAAAUGAUAUAUGACGCAAGAACAGUGAAUAGUAUAGUGGAAUUCUUCAGACCUCCAAAAGAUGUACACCUAACACAGCUGACUUCAGCAACUUUGACAAAACUUGAAGAAUUUCGUGAUAAGACAGCAACAGGUCUACUGUAUAUUAUUGAAACUCAGAAAGUUCUUGAUCUCAAAAUUAAUUUGAAGGCAUCAUAUAUUAUUGUCCCGCAAGAUGGAAUUUUUAGUUCUGCAUCAAAUCUACUUCUUUUGGAUCUUGGUCAUCUAAAGGUGACAAGUAAAAAUCGUUUGGAAUUACCAGAUGUAAAACCAGGUGAGGCCAAUCUUGAAGAGAUAAUGCAUAGAGCAUAUGAUUCCUUUGAUGUUCAGCUUACAAGCAUACAGCUGCUUUACAGCAGAGUUGGUGAUAAUUGGAAAGAAGCACGAAAACUCAAUGUAUCGACACAGCAUAUUUUGGUACCUAUGCAGUUCAAUGUGGAACUCUCUAAGGCCAUGGUUGUGACAGAUUUAAGGAUGCCCAAAUUCAAGAUUUUUGGAAAGUUACCCCUCAUUUCUUUACGUGUCUCAGAUAAAAAGCUACAAGGAAUAAUGGAAUUAAUUGAAAGCAUUCCAAAACCUGAACAUAUACCUGAUGAACCUGCCCCUGGCAAAUCACUUCAGAUUCAAGGAUCCACUUCUUUGGGAGCAUCACAGAUUUCACAGAAAAUGUUCCCUGUCUUAGAACUUCCAUCCAUUAUGGAAGAUGACUCAGAGGAGGAAUUUUUUGAUGCACCAUGUAGUCCUUUGGAAGAGCCCCUUCAACCGCUGACUGGAGUUAAAUGUUUUAACCACAAAAAUCUUCAAAUACAGGAUAGUUCCAAAAAUAUGACCCAGUGUAAAAUAAGAUUUGAAGUACCAGAGGUUUUGAUUCAGUUUUAUCACCUUGUUGGAGAUUGUGAACUACCUGUGGUAGAAUUUGGUAUCUUAGGACUGGGGACACAAAUUGAGUUUAGAACAUUUGAUUUGAAAGCACAUGCCUUUUUGAAAGAGUUCUGCCUAAAAUGCCCAGAAUACUUGGAUGAAGAUAAGAAACCAGUUUAUGUGAUUACAACAUUGGAUAACACCAUGGAAGAUCUGUUAACCCUGGAAUAUGUGAAGGCAGAAAAGAAUGUACCAGACUUGAAGAGUUCCUAUAACAAUGUUGUGCAACUGCUCAAGGUGAAUUUCUCUUCUUUGGAUAUUCAUUUACAUACUGAAGCACUUCUGAAUACCAUGAAUUAUUUUAAUAAUAUCCUGCCACAAUCAAAGGAAAAACCAACCUCAGUUCAUAUUGCGGAGAAUGAAGACAAAGGAGUUGUCAUUAAAAAAAUAUCUUCUAAACUAUCCAGGGAUGAAGAUAUUAUUACCUUGCAGAUUUUAGCAGAAUUAUCAUGUUUACGGAUUUUUAUUCAAGAUCAGAAACAUAAAAUUUCUGAAAUUAAGAUUGAAGGACUUGAUUCUGAAAUGAUUAUGAGACCUACAGAAACUGAAAUAAAUGCAAAGCUAAGAAAUAUAAUAGUUUUGGAUUCUGAUGUAAUGGCUGUAUACAAAAAGGCUGUUUAUAUCACUGGAAAAGAAGUAUUUAGCUUCAAAAUUGUUUCUUACGUGGAUGCAACUGCUGGUUCUGCAUAUACAGAUAGGAAUGUGGCUGACAUUCAGGUUAAUUUAACUGUUGGUUGCAUUGAAGUCGUGUUUGUCACAAAAUUUCUAUAUUCAAUACUGGCUUUUAUAGACAAUUUUCAAGCAGCUAAACAAGCUUUGACUGAAGCAACGGUUCAGGCAGCAGGAAUGGCUGCUACUGGUGUAAAAGAACUGGCACGAAGAAGUUCCAGAAUGGCGCUAGAUAUUAACAUCAAAGCCCCAGUUGUGGUCAUCCCACAGUCUCCUGUUUCUGAAAAUGUUUUUGUUGCUGAUUUUGGACUAAUUACAAUGACAAAUACAUUCCACAUGAUAGCAGAGAGUGAGAGCAACCCCCCACCUGUUAUUGAUUUGAUAACAGUAAAGCUGAGUGAAAUGCGACUAUACAGGUCUCGAUUUAUUAAUGAUGCAUACCGGGAAGUACUAGAUUUACUACUGCCAUUAAAUCUUGAGGUGGUUGUUGAGCGAAAUUUAUCCUGGGAGUGGUACCAGGAAGUUCCUUGUUUUAAUAUAAAUGCUCAACUGAAGCCCAUGGAGUUCAUUCUCAGUCAAGAAGAUAUAACAACUAUUUUUAAAACAUUGAAUGGCAAUAUAUGGUAUGAAGAAGGUGGUAGUGCCCCAUCUGCUGUGAUGAAAGACCAGUCCAGUGUGACUAGUGGAGUUACUAAUGUUUCACACCAUUCAGGAGGAACAACUGUAGUGACAGCUGCUGUGGUAGAAAUACAUUCACGUGCCUCUCCAGUUAAGACAACAGUAAAUGUGAGUUUCAGGACAGACUAUCUCACUAUGGUGCUGUACAGUCCGGGUCCUGAACAGACUUCCUUUACAGAUGUUCGUGAUCCUUCUCUGCAACUUGCUGAAUUCAGAUUGGAGAAUAUUAUAAGUACUUUAAAAAUGUAUACAGAUGACUCAACAUUGUCUUCCUUCUCAUUAAAAAACUGUGUUUUAGAUGAUAAAAGGCCUCAUGUCAAGAAGGCAACUCCUAGAAUGAUAGGACUGACAGUUGGGUUUGACAAAAAGGACAUGAUGGAUGUAUGGUACAAGCAAGUCAGAGAAGGUUGGGUGACUGAUGUAGUCUUGCAAGAAGUAUAUAUCUGUGCUAGUGUGGAAUUUCUGAUGACAGUUGCAAAUGUCUUUCUUGAAGCCUACAGCACAGGCACUGCUGUAGAAACCAGUGUUCAAGCAUGGCCUUCUAAGGAAGAAGUACCUGUAGAGGAAUCAGGGAAGUGGGAAAUUAACAUUAUGAUUAAAAAUCCUGAAAUUGUGUUUGUGGCUGACAUGACAAGAAAUGAUGCCCCUGCCUUAGUCAUUACAACACAGUGUGAAAUUUGUUGGAAAGGUGACCUUGAAAAUGAUGCAAUGACUGCUGCCAUUAAAGAUCUCCAAGUGAGAGCAUGCCCAUUUCUUCCAGUGAAGAGAAAAGGCAACAUCACUACUGUUUUGCAGCCUUGUGACUUGUUUUAUCAGGCUACUCAGAUAGGUACAGACCCACAAGUGAUUGAUAUGUCAGUAAAAUCCCUGACACUAAAGGUUUCACCAGUUAUCAUAAAUACGUUGAUUACUAUAACUUCAGCACUUUAUACAACUAAAGAAACCAUCCCGAAAGAAACUACUUCCAUAGCACAAUUAUGGGAAAAGAAGGAUACUAAGAAUUUAAAAAUGUGGUUCCUUGAAGAACCAAAUGAAGCUGAAAAUACAGCCCCAACAACUGAAUUGGUACCCAAAGGAGAGAUGAUAAAAAUGAACAUUGAUUCUAUUUUUAUAGUUCUUGAGGCUGGAAUUGGUCAUAGAACAGUGCCUAUGCUUUUGGCAAAGUCACGUUUUUCAGGGGAAGGCAAAAACUGGAGUUCUCUAAUAAAUCUCCAUUGUCAACUUGACCUAGAAGUGCAUUAUUACAAUGAAAUGUUUGGUGUGUGGGAGCCUUUGCUGGAACCCUUAGAAAUUGAUCAGACUGAGGAUUUUAGACCAUGGAAUCUUGGAUUCAAGAUGAAAAAGAAAGCAAAAAAAGCCAUUGUUGAAUCAGAUACUGAAGAAGAAAACUACAAAGUUCCAGAAUACAAAACUACCUUCAGUUUCUAUUCAAAAGAUCAGCUAAACAUUACAUUAUCCAAGUGUGGCCUUGUAAUGUUAAAUAAUUUAGGCAAGGCAUUUACAGAAGCUGCCACUGGAUCUUCAGAUGUAUUCUUAAAGGAUCUAGCACCAUUUAUGAUUAUAAAUUCUCUUGGACUUACUAUCUCUGUUUCACCAAGUGAUUCCUUUAGUGUACUCAGUGUUCCUAUGGCAAAAUCAUAUAUAUUGAGAAAUAAGGAGAGUUUAAGUAUGGAUUACAUUCGAACUAAGGACAAUGAUCAUUUCAGUGCAAUGACCAGCCUAAGCAGCAAGCUUUUCUUCAUUCAUCUUGCACCUGUUAACCACUCUCCUGCUGAUAAGAUUCCGUUAACAAAAGUGGGACGUCGUCUUUACACUGUUAGGCACAGAGAGUCUGGAGUUGAAAGAUCUAUUGUUUGUCAGAUCGAUGCAGUGGAAGGCAGUAAGAAGAUAACAAUUCGUUCCCCAGUGCAGAUUAGAAAUCAUUUCUCUAACCCACUCUUGGUUUACGAAGGAGACAAUUUAUUAGGAACUGCUUCACCUGAAAAUGAAUUCAACAUACCAUUACCAUCUUACAGAUCAUCCCUUUUUCUGAAGCCAGAAGAUGAGGACUAUCAAGUAUGUGAAGGAAUUGACUUUGAAGAAAUUAUAAAAAAUGACGGAACUCUUCUAAAGAAGAAAUGUAGACCUACAAACCCUUCCAAGAAGCCAUUCGUUGUUAAUAUUGUCCCAGAAAAAGAUAAUUUGGCAUCUCUUUCAGUGUAUUCAGAAGAUGGUUGGGACUUACCAUACAUAAUCCAUUUAUGGCCACCUAUCCUGCUCCGAAACCUUCUUCCUUACAAAAUCGCAUAUUAUUUAGAGGGCAUUGAACAUAGGAUUUUUACUCUAAAUGAAGGAUGUUCUGCCCAGAUGUGUACUGCAGAGUUGGAUAAUGCAAAACUACAUUUAAAAUUACUUGACUAUCUUAAUUAUGAUUGGAAAAGUGAAUAUCAUAUAAAACAUAAUCAGCAAGACAUUGGUUUCAUCAACUUUACCUGUGUUACAGAAAUGGAAAAGACUGAUUUAGAUAUUGCUGUCCAUGUGACUUAUAAUACUGGCCAGGUGGUUGUGGCAUUUCAUAGUCCUUAUUGGAUGGUCAAUAAAACUGGUCGGAUGUUACAAUACAAGGCAGAUGGCAUUCAUCGAAAGCAUCCACCUAAUUAUACAAAGCCAAUUCUUUUUUCUUUUCAGCCAAAACACUUUUUUAAUAACAAUAAGGUUCAGCUUAUGGUAACCGAUAGUGAAUUGUCGGAUCAGUUUUCAAUUGAUACUGUUGGUAGUCAUGGAGCUGUUAAAUGUAAAGGCCUGAAAAUGGAGUAUCAAGUUGGUGUCACCAUAGACCUCAGCAGUUUUAACAUUACCAGAAUUGUGACCUUUACCCCCUUCUAUAUGAUUAAAAACAAAAGCAAAUAUCGUAUAUCAGUGGCUGAAGAGGGAAAUGAUAAAUGGCUCUCUCUUGAUUUAGAGCAGUGUAUCCCAUUUUGGCCUGAGGAUGCUUCUCAUAAACUACUUAUUCAAGUUGAAAGAAGUCAAGAUCCUCCCAAAAAGAUAUAUUUUAACAAGCAAGAAAAUUGUAUUUUGUUGCAUCUGGAUAAUGAGCUUGGAGGCAUUAUAGCAGAAGUUAAUUUGGCUGAGCAUUCUACAGUUAUUACAUUUUCAGAUUAUCAUGAUGGAGCAGCUCCUUUUCUGUUAAUAAAUCACACCAAGAAUGAUGUUGUUCAAUAUAAGCAAAGUUCUCUCAGUCAAAUAGAAGACUCCCUCCCUCCUGGCAAAGCAGUGUUUUAUACAUGGGCUGAUCCAGUGGGCUCUAGGAAGCUGAAGUGGAAAUGUGGAAAAAGCCACGGUGAAGUGACACAAAAGGAUGAUAUGAUGACACCUAUAAAUAUGGGGAAAACGACCAUUUAUUUAGUUUCAUUCUUUGAAGGCUUACAACGCAUUAUUUUAUUCACUGAAGACCCAAGGGUAUUUAAAGUAACAUAUGAAAGUGAGAAAGCAGAGUUAGCAGAGCAAGAAAUUGUGUUGGCAUUACAAGAUGUUGGAAUUUCUCUUGUCAACAAUUACACAAAACAAGAAGUAGCCUAUAUCGGCAUUACAAGUUCUGAUGUGGUUUGGGAGACAAAGACCAAGAAGAAGGCAAGAUGGAAACCUAUGAGUGUAAAGCAAACUGAGAAGUUAGAGAAGGAAUUUAAGGAAUACACUGAAUCUUCACCUUCAGAAGAUAAGAUUAUUGAGUUGGAUACUAACGUUCCGGUUCGCUUAACACCUAGUGGUAGUAACAUGAAAAUUCUUCAGCCACAUGUAAUAGCUAUACGGAGAAAUUAUCUUCCAGCAUUAAAGGUGGAAUAUAGCACAUCUGCACAUCAGUCAUCAUUUAGAGUUCAGAUUUACAGAAUACAGAUCCAAAACCAGAUACAUGGUGCUAUAUUUCCAUUUGUGUUUUAUCCUAUUAAACCUCCCAAAUCGAUCACCAUGGAUUCAGCACCAAAGCCCUUUACAGAUGUCAGUAUUGUCAUGAGAUCUGCAGGACAUUCCCAAAUUUCACGUAUUAAGUAUUUCAAAGUGUUGAUACAAGAAAUGGAUCUCAGGCUGGAUCUUGGGUUUGUGUAUGCUUUAGCAGAACUUAUGACGGAAGCUGAAGUGACUGAAAAAACAGAGGUUGAACUUUUUCAUAAAGAUAUAGAAGCUUUCCAAGAAGAAUAUAAAACGGUUUCAUUAGUUGAUACAACACAAGUCAGUCUCUAUGAAUACUUUCAUAUAUCUCCAAUCAAGUUACAUUUAAGUGUUUCCCUGAGUUCCGGUAGAGAAGAAGCUAAAGAUUCAAAACAACAUGGAGGACUGAUUCCAGUUUAUUCUUUAAAUCUUUUGCUGAAGAGUAUUGGUGCCACUCUUACAGAUGUACAGGAUGUAGUUUUUAAGCUUGCAUUUUUUGAGCUCAAUUAUCAGUUCCAUACAACCGCUGAACUACAAUCUGAAGUAAUAAGACAUUAUUCAAAACAGGCCAUUAAGCAGAUGUAUGUACUCAUUCUUGGACUUGAAGUUUUGGGAAAUCCCUUUGGCUUAAUUAGAGAGUUUUCUGAAGGUGUAGAAGCAUUUUUUUAUGAACCUUAUCAGGGAGCCAUUCAGGGUCCUGAAGAGUUUGUGGAGGGAAUGGCGCUAGGACUUAAGGCACUAGUUGGUGGAGCUGUUGGUGGAUUAGCUGGUGCUGCCUCCAGAAUCACCAGUGCUAUGGCUAAAGGAGUAGCAGCUAUAACUAUGGAUGAAGACUACCAACAGAAGAGAAGAGAAGCCAUGAAUAAGCAACCAACUGGUCUGAGAGAAGGCAUCACUCGUGGAGGAAAAGGCUUAGUUUCUGGUUUUGUAAGUGGCAUAACAGGAAUUGUGACAAAACCAAUCAAAGGAGCUCAAAAAGAAGGAGCAGCUGGUUUCUUUAAAGGUGUUGGGAAAGGUUUAGUUGGAGCUGUGGCACGACCGACUGGAGGCAUCAUUGACAUGGCUAGCAGUACAUUUCAGGGAAUAAAAAGAGCUACAGAGACUUCUGAUGAGGUGGAGAGUCUGCGACCCCCCCGGUUCUUCAAUGAAGAUGGGGUUAUCAGACCUUACAGGUUGAGGGAUGGCACUGGAAAUCAGAUGUUACAGGCAUCAAAAAGUUUGAUAUGA